AUGUCGGGAACAGAACAUUCAACAAGCCGCAGUCUAGCACGACGCUUGCUGCUGGCAGCCCUUGACCGUGAGGAGAAGGGCUAUCCUCCUGCAACGCAAGCUCCUCCUCCGAUGGUUGGGGCCUAUGGUGGCGCUCCCAACUUUAAUGCUCCAGAGUCCGCUGAAUCCGGGGCGAAGCGCUUAACAGUUACCGGCACAGACUCGAGUAUUCUCAUUCCACCUACCGAUAAGCUGCUCGUCUUCCGCGCACUCACCGGCAUUGAUAGCGCGCCAGCCCUCAAUGUCUUACACCACAGCACUCGAACGGCACCGAACGUCGGCAUCUACACGCGGGUUGUGAGAGCCGAAAUGAAAGCUGCCAGUCGAUACCGCUUCCACGCUAUCCUAAUCAACACCUGUCUUAGCAUCCAGAUUGUCGUGGCCGCCGCGCUCACAGCUCUCGGUGCCGCUCGUGGGCCUCAUAACGCCGUCACCGCGUUUGGCGCCAUCAACACCAUCAUGGCCGGUAUUCUCACAUACCUCAAGGGUUCGGGCUUGCCGGAUCGUCUGAAACACUAUCAAAACGAAUGGCGGAACAUCCGAGAGUAUAUUGAGCAACGGGAACGCGAACUGUGUCUUCACGGGUGCGAGCUAGACGUCGAAGAAGAAAUUCAGAUCAUCGAGCAGAUGUACGAGGGCGUCAAACGCGAAAUCGAAGCAACGAAGAGCGGAAGUGACAAUCGAGGGGCGCAUGGUCGCGACAGGACCUCGAGUCGGCGAACGAUUUUACCGCACAGCGAGCAACGCAGGGAGUACUCGCCCCGAGUGCCGAGUCCUGUGCGGACUUCGGAGCGUGCUCAUGAUAAGCAAUAG